CACUCAUUCUGGGUUCAUGUUAUAUUUUUGUUUUUUUUUUCAUCUAUUUAUAUUUUUUGCUUUUGGGAUUAAUAUAAAAAGGGUUUGAGCCAAGUUGAUUAAACAGCGUGUCUAUCGUUAGUGUGGGUUAAAGUCUUCUGUUUUUAUUGACAAUUUGAUUUGUUCUUGGAUUCAAUUAACCGAUUGAUCAAACAGAGCAGUCAGGUUGGAGGUCAAAUGAGGCAUUCCUACUCCUGGUUGUUUGAAGAUAUAUUGAUAUCACUAGUGCUGUUGGGGAAUUUGAAAUGUGGGAGUGCAGGGAUUACAAGUACUUUUAUUCGAUCAGAGUGGCCCUCCAUUGAUAUCCCUCUUGAUAAUGAAGCAUUUGCUGUUCCCAAGGGACAUAAUGCUCCGCAACAAGUGCAUAUAACUCAAGGGGAUUAUGAUGGGAAGGCUGUGAUUGUUUCAUGGGUGACAGCUGAUGAACCAGGGCCCAGCAAAGUGCAAUAUGGCACAUCAGAGAACAAAUACGAUUUUUCUGCAGAGGGGACAAUGACAAACUACACCUUUUAUAAAUACAAGUCUGGUUACAUCCAUCAUUGUCUGAUCGAUGGUCUUGAGUAUGAUACCAAGUACUAUUACAAGAUUGUGAGUGGUGAUGCUUCUCGGGCAUUUUGGUUUCAAACACCUACAAAGAUUGAUCCAGAUGCUUCUUACAAAUUUGGAAUCAUUGGUGACUUGGGGCAGACUUAUAAUUCUCUCUCCACUUUUAAGCAUUACUUGCAGAGUGAAGGACAAACUGUGUUGUUUGCUGGCGAUCUUUCUUAUGCUGAUAGAUAUCAGUAUAAUGAUGUUGGCAUACGUUGGGAUUCCUGGGGUCGGUUCAUUGAGCAAAGUGCUGCAUAUCAGCCUUGGAUUUGGUCUGCUGGAAACCAUGAAAUAGAGUACAUGCCUGAAAUGGGGGAAACAAUUCCAUUCAAAUCCUAUCUUCAUCGGUAUCCUACCCCUUACUUGGCCUCCAAAAGUAGUAAUCCUCUUUGGUAUGCAAUCAGACGUGCGUCUUCCCAUAUAAUUGUGCUAUCCAGCUACUCUCCAUUUGUAAAGUACACUCCGCAAUGGAGGUGGCUCAAAAAUGAACUUAAAAGGGUUGAUAGGGAAAAGACACCUUGGCUAAUUGUUCUCAUGCAUGUCCCAAUCUACAACAGUAAUGAAGCACACUUCAUGGAAGGUGAAAGUAUGCGAGCAGUCUUUGAGAGUUGGUUCACACGAUAUAGAGUUGAUGUAAUCUUUGCAGGCCAUGUUCAUGCUUAUGAAAGAUCGUACCGAAUUUCAAAUGUUCACUACAACAUAUCUAGUGGUGAGCGUUAUCCUGUAGCAGACAAAUCCGCCCCUGUAUACAUCACUGUUGGGGAUGGAGGAAAUCAAGAAGGUCUAGCUGGAAGGUUUAGAGACCCACAACCUGAUUAUUCUGCAUUCCGUGAAGCCAGCUAUGGGCAUUCUACACUAGAGAUUCUAAACAGGACACAUGCAUUCUACCACUGGAACCGCAAUGAUGAUGGAAAAAAAGUCUCAACUGAUUCUUUUGUAUUGCACAAUCAGUACUGGGCAAGAAAUCCUAGAAGGAGAAAACUGAGAAAGCAUUAUAUAAGGAGUGUUGUCGGCUGAAUGUCUACUUACUGAUGAGAUGUCGAGCACCUCCAAUAUUUUAAGUUGGUGAAACCCAUCAAAAGGGUUGUAGCUGAAAAGGAUGGUUGAGCCAUCACAUGUCUGAAAUCUUGAAUGGUGUUCUGGCCUUUGUUGUGUAAUAGUAUGUGUCAUUAUUGUCCAUAAAUUGGUUGAAUGUACGAAUUGUAUUUGACCCAUUUGGGGAAAUUAAUACAUCUAUGUUAUUAUUAUACUAA